AUUGCAAGAAGAGGUCCCAUCCAUCAUGGUUACUAAGAAGCCAAUUAAGAAGAAGGUGGUGCCCAAGCCUAAGGUCGCCCCAGCCCCGCUGGCUAAACCGAAAAAAGUUGAGGUUAAGAAAGUGGUCAACCCCCUGUUCGAGAAACGUGUUAAGAACUACGGUAUCGGCCAGAAUGUGCAGCCCAAGCGUGAUCUGAGCCGUUUCGUGCGCUGGCCGAAAUACAUUCGUAUCCAGCGGCACAAGGCCAUUCUUCAGAAGCGUCUGAAGAUUCCGCCGCCGAUUAACCAGUUCUCGCAAACCCUGGACAGACCCACUGCCCAGCAGGUGGUGAAGCUACUGGAGAAGUACCGCCCGGAGAACCCGAUCGCCAAGGUCCAGCGUCUGAAGGCGAAGGCUGAAGCCAAGGCUGCAGGCAAGGAGGAUGCUCCCUCGAAGAAGCCCAACCAACUGCGCCAGGGUGUGAACACCGUCGUGAAGAUGGUCGAGCAAAAGAAGGCCCAGCUGGUCGUGAUCGCUCACGACGUCGAUCCGAUCGAGCUGGUCGUGUACCUGCCCGCCCUCUGCCGCAAAAUGGGCGUGCCGUACUGCAUCAUCAAGGGCAAGUCGCGCCUCGGAACGCUCGUAUACCGUAAGACCUGCACCUGUGUCGCCCUCGUCCAGGUGGAGAACUCGGACAAGCCGAACCUGGCCAAGCUGGUUGAGACGAUCAAGACGAACUUCAACGAUCGCUACGAUGAUAUCCGUCGCCACUGGGGCGGUGGUCUACUUGGACCCAAGAGCAUGGCCCGCUUGGCUAAGAUCGAGAAGGCCAAAAAGCGUGAGAUGCUGCAGAAGAACUAGAGUGUUGGCAGGCGUAUAUGAGGGUCGAUUCUGUUUCGCGCUAUAUGCUCGGAUUCGAUAAUAAAUUAAGUUUUCGAACCAUCGA